AUGUUACUACGACUCCGAGGGCCUGAUGGCAUGCUCCGGGUCAACAUCGAGAAGGAUGAUACCUUUGCAGAGCUGGGUCGCCAGCUCGUGACCAUGCUGCCGCCGACUGUCGAUCCCAAUACCAUCGCCAUGUCCCCAGACCCGCAUGCCAAAGACUCGAAGAGAUUGAUGGAAAUAGCCAACUUUCAACUGAGACAAAUUGGUUUGAACCACGGCGAUCUGAUCUUCAUCAACUACAAGCACAAGGAUAGCGACACUAAUGGACACGCGGAUGGUGCCCCCGAAUCCUCCCAUACUCUGGCCUCGACCAACCGCUUGAAUGGGAAGCCAAUCUUACCUACAGAGGACCUGCCCAUCAGCCAACCACCCGUCACAUCUCCGUCACAAACCAUCAAGAAUCCCUGGGAGGUCGUGCGGCAGUCGGCUCUGGAUGAUCGCUUAGACAGGCGGGAUGGGAAGAUCCCUCGGGGGCGGGAUCACCGGAUGUGCAAGCACGGCCUCAAGGGCAUGUGCGAUUACUGCAUGCCGCUCGACCCCUUCAACCCUCAGUACCUCGCCGACAAGAAGAUCAAGUACCUCUCCUUCCACUCCUACCUCCGAAAGAUCAACUCUGCGACCAACAAGCCGGAGCUUGGAAGCUCGUUUAUCCCGCCCUUGAACGAGCCAUACUUCCGAGUCAAGCGGGACUGCCCUUCGGGUCAUCCUCAAUGGCCAGAGGGCAUCUGCUCAAAGUGCCAGCCCAGCGCCAUCACCUUGCAGCCCCAGCCCUUUCGCAUGGUCGAUCAUGUCGAGUUUGCCUCCUUCGACAUCGUCAACUCCUUCAUCGAUACCUGGCGCAAGACGGGCGCUCAGCGGAUAGGCUACCUGUAUGGGCGAUACAUGGAAUACAGCGAGGUACCCCUCGGCGUGAAGGCCAUCGUCGAGGCUAUAUACGAGAUACCACAGGUGGACGAGAUGGACGGGGUCUCGUUGAACCCAUUCGAGAACGAAUCAGCCGUGAAUGACGUCGCCAGGCUGUGUGGGCUCGAGCGUGUUGGCGUUAUUUACAGCGACUUGCUUGAUGCCGGCAAGGGGGACGGAAGUGUCAUCUGCAAGAGGCAUGCCGACUCAUACUACCUGUCCUCUCUCGAGGUCACAUUCGCCGCGCGGUUACAAGCCCAGCAUCCGAAGCCUACCAAGUGGAGUGAUACUGGUAGAUUUGGUUCCAAUUUCGUGACGUGCAUCAUCUCGGGCGAUGAGACAGGUCAGAUUGCGGUAUCGUCAUAUCAAGUCUCGAAUGAGGCCGUCGAAAUGGUGCGGGCGGACCUUGUCGAGCCAUCGGCCGAUCCCAGUGUCAUGCUGGUGCGAGAAGAGGAGGAAGACGACGGUUCAACCAGUCGCACCCGAUAUAUCCCCGACGUAUUCUACCGUAAGAUCAACGAGUAUGGGGCAAACGUGCAAGAGAACGCAAAGCCAUCCUUCCCCGUCGAGUACCUGUUCGUCACCUUGACGCAUGGUUUCCCUGCAGAGCCGAAACCCAUGUUCAAUACUCCCAAAUUCCCCAUCGAAAAUCGCGAAGCCAUCGGAGAGAGCCAACAGCUCAGCAAUGUUGCCAAAGCUCUUGAUACCGGUGGUGGUAACAAGCUUGGGUCCCUUUCGGAUUUCCAUCUCCUCAACUUCAUUCAUGGAAUGGACAUACUAUCCAAGGAGGAGGAGGCACUCCUGUGUCGGGCUGCCACAAAACACGAUCUUGCCGACGCAUACCAACUCUUCUCUAUGCCCGGCUGGCAAACCCUAGAAGCGAUUCUUCAAUCGACUGGUGAGAGACUCCCCAAGAAGCGGCCCCGUGCUCCCAGUGGCGGCGAUGAGAACAACGUGUCUGGCGCUCAAGCGAACGGUGGAGCGUCUUCUUUUUCUGCUGCCAUUGCCCCAUUCAGAUCCGGUGAACCGCUUGCUAAGCGUCUUGCUGCCGUUAGGCUGAACGGACGAAAUGAGAGCCGACCGGUCUUCAAACGGCCGAGUUCGUGA